CUAAAAUCUUCACGCGAUAUUGCUAGUUCAGUUGAUAAACUCUUAGAUAAUGUGCCUGGACAACAUAGCACAAGCGUCUAUCAGUACAGGUACUGUACUACUUUUGCCAGGUAUCACAAGGACCUGGGCACGCUCGCCUAUCUAGAGGUGCAUUCGGAUGAGCAGUCGAAUCGAGUAAAACAACGAAUUCUAUGGGCUCUGAAGCAUGGCAUGAUCGGUCGCCUACGAGUGACCGCCAGUGGAUUUGAAUUCCACGUCGUCCGAGGUCUUACUAACCUUUAUAUGCGAACUCAAACUGCUCUGCGACGGAGUUUCAGUGUUUGGAUGGCAGCUGCAUUGCCGCUAACCUCCGAUGUGAUGGACAUAGGGACUGCAAUGAUGGAUCCGAUGAAUCGUCAAAAUAUGCAUAUUGCCGUACCUCAACUCCUGUAA